UGGUCCAUUGGAGAGAAACGUGUCCGCAAUGGCGGUUCCUGCUCGCCAGGCUAGAAGAACUAGAAUGUUAUUGUCGUUACGUGCGUCUCACCGUGGAUCGCUGCCGGAGAGUGUGAGCAUCAUCACCGGGAUGGCGAGAGGACCAACAAACUGUCGGAGUUUACGUUGUUUUGCGGCUCAAUAUUGAAACUCUUCAACCCAGUUUUGUCAUAAAAUUCGCCGAGCAAGCACAGCAAGUGACGCGAGCGCCCGCGCGAUUUUCCUCCUCGCACCGUGGAAAAGUGUGGUGUGUGGAAAAUAUUACAACAACGGCAAUACCAACAACAACAACAACAACAACAACAACGGCAGUGUGUGUGUUUGUGUGAAUAAAGUUUGUUUCGGGUUGAGAUAUAUUUAUCUUUGGUUUGGCCGCGUGAGGCGUUUUUCACGUAUUACGUCUGUGGAACGACCACAGCAGUGGCGGUGGGUUUUUAUCGGGGUUUGGAAGGCGAAAAGCAGCCAAAAGGAAGAAGAACAAACCUGAAUGAGUGCAAUUCCGUAUGAAAAUGUAAUAAAUUGUACGUGCAAAUUGUGGUGAAAUCAAACGAAAAUGGCCAUGACGUGCAGGGAGAUAAGAUGAGGUUACGAAGGAGAAAAAAAUAAAGUGCUGCACAAAAUAUGGUCAAGUGAGGUGCAUUAAGGUGCUCGACACCGCUACGUGAUCCAUAAAGCGAAAACACCAGUGAUUUGCAGAAGUAGUUCGGAAUAUGAUGAGAAUCUGCUCGGAAAUGUUUGAAUCAAAAGUGGAGAAAAUUUUGGGAGAAUUUGUUCGAUAAAAUGCUCAAAGAAGAAAAUAUACCAUGUGCUAUGCUAUUAAUUGUGCAAAUUUUAUAUUACCUUGAAAACAGAUCAGUGAAGUCUCUUUAAACAUAUUUUCCUUUUCGAAAUUGAGUGAAACUGAGAAGAUGUCAUUCACACUUUAAGUGCGCUGAGCGUUUAGCAAAACAUGUUUUAAGCACCGAUCGUAAAUCAACAAAUGUCUCCAUCAAAAAGUUUCGCAGAGGGCGUCGUCGUCGGCGGAAAAACUCAUCCCCGGUGAAAACAAAUUGUUGCUAAUUGUGUUGCAUCUCCCCACGAAUUGUAGCCGUACAGUAGAGGAAGUGUGGCGCAAAAAUAGUGAAACAAGAAGAGGAAGAAGACGUUCAAAGUGUAGGGUACACAGGAAUGAAGACGAAGUGCUGUACUCCCACGAAAGUGACAGGAUGUUUCAACAAGGUGGCAGCACUGAUGCUGGCGUUGUGAUUUAAUUGAAGCGCGAAGAAAGUUUUGCACGACAAUUUCAAGUGCCAAGAGCGCUGCUAAAAGAAAAUUGUGACUGAAGUAAAAUGAGGAAAAAAAAGGAAUGUCGGAAAAAAUGAACGAGCACAGCGGCGGAAAAACGCAACAGGCGUAAUAAAAUUAUCUCCAUUCUAGUAAAAUAGUUUUUAAUGAGUUAUUUCUGUUGUAAAAGCGAAUGUGCGAUUGUGAUCGGCGGGCGUCGACGCAGCCCUGAAGAAGAGUACAGAAGUGUUGCCAGCAGCCGGCAGUCAACUAGAACAAAACGAAGAAAAAGAAAGAAGAGCACGACGGCGAGGAAGAAACAGCGGAGUGGUGUGCAGCGGAAAUUGGUUGACAAAGUGGAAAAUAACUUCCGGUCGGACGGAACGCGUCGUCGCAGUCCGGAUUGGACCGGUGCCACCGAACGACGCCUAGCAGAGACGCAAACCACCACCACCGAGGAGCAUGGAGCGCAAACGGUCGAUCCGGCGGCGGCAGAAGCCACCGUUUGCCGAGCGGUUCAAAGACCACUGUCGAAACUUUACCGCAUUUAUGUUCAGCAAUGUAGGAAUUAUAUUUUUAGUAGCACUCUACAUGAUUGCUGGCGCGUUCAUGUUCAUCGCGAUCGAAGGUAAUGAAGCUUUAGAAAGGUUUGCUCAAAUACCGUCCAAGAGAGUCGAGACUGCCAUGCGGCUGUGGCAGAUAUCCUGCUGUGAAGUAAAUGUGUUCAACAAAACCGUAUUCGAGGAGAGAGUAGGAGAGGAAAUACGCGCCUACCAGGAGAGGGUGGUGGUGUGGGCACGUCGCGGCUGGCAGGGAAGUGACAUCACGCUGGAAAGCGAAACCCAGUGGUCCUUCUCCGGAGGUUUCCUGUACUCCCUCACCGUCAUCACCACGAUCGGAUACGGCAACAUAGUUCCUCGCACGGAAUGGGGUAAAAUUGCAACGAUAUUCUACGCAAUCAUAGGAAUGCCACUGUUUUUGCUCUAUCUUUCCAACAUUGGUGAUAUUCUGGCAAAAUCAUUCAAAUGGACCUACGCCAAGUUCUGCCUGUGCCAGGUAUGUCCGGGUGUGGCGCGACGGCGUGCCCUCCGAGCUAAGCGCCGUGCCAGGACCGAGGAACGUGACUACCAGUCGGAGCUGGGUGACAACGGGUUCGACACGGCCACCAUCACCACCUCCAAUGUGGAGGACGACAUCGAGGACGAAAUCACUGCCGAAACACAAACCGUUACCGUUCCAAUUACUAUUUGUAUAAUGAUCAUGAUCGGGUAUAUAUUUUUCGGUGCUCGACUGUUUGCCGACUGGGAGAACUGGGAUAUACUAGAUGGUAGCUACUUCUGCUUCAUUUCCCUCAGCAGCAUCGGCUUCGGGGACAUUGUGCCCGGUGCCUCGCUGCAAACGAAAGGUGACACAAAGAUGGAAAUCAGUUUCAUCCUUUGCGCCAUUUAUCUGCUCCUCGGCAUGGCCCUGAUUGCCAUGUGCUUCAACCUGAUGCAGGAACAAGUCAUCUAUAAGAUCCGGUCGCUGAAAAAGUGUGUCCGGGGAUGUUUCCAGUGCAAAAAGACGGUUCCACCACCUAGCGACGAGGAGGAACCCGAAAGCUGAGAGGCAUGGACACACCGUUUGCACACAACACGACGUGACGACACCGCAAGAUUGAGUGCGAGGCUAGGUUGAGGAGGGGGCUCCGGUGCGAGAAGAAGAGGGGUCAAAACCGACACUGUAGGGGGAUUGCCGGAAGAGGAACGGACAAAAACAAUCAGCUCGUUCCGUUUUUGUGCGAAACCACUUUAGACUGUAAGGUAAAUGGGGUCAUUUUCUGUAUCGAAUCACACAGAAUUCGGAAAUAGGUUGUCUCGAACGCUUUGUGAUGUAUUAUGAAACUUUGUUCUAUAGAAUGAUGUUGUUAACUUAUCUGGUAGAACUGGAAUCUUUCUUUUAAUUCUGAAGUAUCUUACCUACUUAAAACAAACCUAA